CUUUUUAAAAUGUGCUAGAUUUGCCAAAGCUUCGAGAUGGAGGACAACGACCUCAAAAUUUCCAAUGCAACGCAUAAUCUAGAUAUUGAGAAAGACGAAAAUUCAGUUGGUCCUUCGACUAUCAUCUUACUAAACUGCUUUCUAAAUAUUCCACUAAUGCUGAUAUCGAUUCUGGGAAACUCCUUGGUCUUAGCAGCCGUUUACAAAGCUCCUUCGCUUCGUUCACCCUCCAUAGUUUUGCUUUGUGGUCUCGCUGUUUCAGACCUAGCCGUGGGCUUGAUAGUGCAGCCGGUUUUUAUCGCGAAAGAACUCGAUUCAGUGAAAUUUUUAGCCGGAGUGACGAGAAUUUUGGGUGUUACGUUCUGUGGAAUUUCAUUCGCUACCAUGUCAGCGAUAAGCUUGGACAGAUUUUUGGCUCUGAAAUAUCACAUGAUUUACAAUUCUCUGGUUACCACAGUGCGCGUUAAACUCACUUUGAUAUUUAUUUGGCUUGUAAACUUCUCAAUAUUCUCCGGAGUUCACGUCUGGUAUGCACCCGAACAAUUUUAUAUAUCGUUUGGAUUGGUGGGUUUCUAUAUGGUAGUUUCCACCAUCGCCUAUGUUGGCAUUUAUCGAAUCGCUCGCCGACACCAAUUCGAGAUCCACGCUCAGCAGCAAGCAAUGGGAGUUCCUAAUAUUAAAAUCACCGCAAACGUGACUAUUUUGACUCGCACGGCAGUAAACACUUUCGUAUUUUACAUAAGUACAGUUUUUUGCUAUCUGCCAUGGAGCAUUUAUCGGCUUUUUUAUACAAAUAUCGUUCUCAAAGAUGCCAGCGAUGCUUGGAUCUUUACGGGAACUUUGGUGUUCGCCAACUCGGCCAUCAAUCCUGUACUGUAUUGCUGGCGUCUUCGUGAACUUCGGGGGGCGGUUUUGAAGUUAUUAAGGUAAAUAUCUUGCUAUAAAUCGUGAAAAAGCAGGAAGGAAAUGAACCUUUGCUAUCUCUCGAAGACCGCUUUCAGUUCGAAAAUGCACAGUUCUUAAAGUUAGUAAUUUCCUGAAAUUUAUUUGUAUGUUUUUGCGCGUUUUAUUUACGUCAGGCCACAAAGUCUCAUCUGAAAUUAAAUGAUUGACUAGAAAAUAGUACACACUGCUGAAUAAAUUCAUAAGGACCGAUAAGCAUGUAAAAAGGAUAAAUUUCAUCCAUUUGAGGAGAAACAAAAAUAUUACGUUUUUACUUUUUAAACCCUGUGAUAACAAAAGAGUAAACCAUGCAAUUUUCUCUCAACUGCAGAAUGUCUCUGCAUGCAGAGGGUAAAUUUUAGUCCAUAAUGGUCCAAGUAAAUAUGUUUUAAAGUUUUCCUCUUUUUCCAUUACACACACACGCUCAAAGAAAAAAAAAAGGAAAAAUAUUUUAAAAAUCUUCAACAGGAAAACAGAAUUGUAUUAACAUUAGUUGUCCGUCUCUUUGUCUUUGAAUUAAAGCUUUAACCGUGUCACAGUUGAGAAAAAAAUAAAAAUCUAUCGUACCGCGAUAUUUAUUAAAGUGCCAGACGAAACUGAAUCCUUAAUUGUGCCAACUGCUCAUUAAAAUGCC